AUGACAAACGACAUCCAGCUCCAUGACCUUGAAACUAAUGAUAACCACCAUCUUGAUAAGGAUCAUAAAGGUGAUAAAACAACUACAACCACAACAACUAUACUUUCACCAGACCCCAAUGAAUCACCUUUCAAAGACCUUGAAACCCAAAAUCAAUACACACCCACCAUAAUAAAACCUCUUGUGCUGGAUAAAAACUUCAAAAUCACAUUAACAGCCGUAUGGAUUGGUAAUUUCCUAUGUUCAUUAGAUGGUACUAUAGUAUCUACAACAAUGUCAAACAUUGCAUCAGAUUUCGGUCAAUCACAUCUUGUCACUUGGAUUGCUGUAUCUUAUUUAUUAACCUCCACUGCGUUCCAACCAUUAUAUGGUAAGACUAGUGAUAUCCUGGGAAGGAAAACGUUGUUAUUAGCUGCUCAAUCCUUAUUCGGAUUAGGGAUACUAUUAUCUGGUGUCUCCACAAAUGUUCAAACCCUGAGCUUAGCAAGAGCCAUCAGUGGGAUUGGUGGUGCUGGAAUAUAUGCUUUGGCAACCAUAAUCAUAAGUGAUGUUGUCCCUUUAAGUCAUAGAAGUAUCUUUUCAGCAGGUGGUACUAUUGUGGGUAGUACGUCACAAAUGCUUGGAGGUCCAAUUGGUGGAUUAUGUAUUGCCACUAUUGGCUGGAGAAUGAUGUUUUUAAUUCAAGUACCCUUUAUCGUUGGAUGUAUUGUGCUGACUUGCUUUUGUGAGAUAAAUGUGGAACAUAUACCUGAUGGACCUGAUCGGUUUUCUAAAGAGAAUUUGAAAAGAAUAGAUUUUGGUGGGAUUAUUACGUUGAAUUUGAUUGUCUCAAGUGUUAUUUUUCUAUUAUCAAGUGAAUAUUCAAAAUUUAUACAUAAUUGCUUAGUGUUGGUUUUGGUUUGUUCAAUAAUUGGGUAUAUUUAUAUUGAAAGAUAUGUGGCAAUUGAAAAAAUUAUUGAUGUCCACAUUAUAAAAGGUCAAAUAGGUGCAUUAGGAAUAAUCAAUGGUGUUAAUUCUUUAUCCUUUUAUAUGAUUUUAUUCAUAACUCCAUUAUAUUUACAACUGAUUCAAAAUAUUGAUGUUACACAGAUUGGAUUUUAUACAAUGUUUUGUGUUAUAUCAUCUGCAGUUGGUGCUGUUAUUUCAGGGCUAGUAAUUAAGAAAUUCUCUCAUACUGAAGAAUCAACAAUGGUUGCAGGUGUGCUAGUCUCGUUAAUUUCAUUCUUUAUACAAGUUAUUGGGUUCACAGGGUUGCAUUUAAUUGUCAGAUAUAUUCAACCUGAAAAUCAUGGAGGUGUUAUUUGGAAAUUUGGUUUGAUAUUAAGUUUAAUAAUUGCAGGUUUAGGUGCUGGUGGGUUUGGUCCCGGUGUUGGGAUCUUUGUUAUAGGUAAAGCUGGUAGAAAAGAUCAAGCAAGUGCAAAUACAGUUGUGUCUCUUAUUAGAUCAUUGGGUAACGUGUUGGGGAUUUCAAUCUCAUUAUCAAUUUAUACUAAAAAAGUGUAUGAAUCCCUAAGCAAAUAUUUUGGAUCUGAUAAAUCUAAAGUUUUCAAAAUUUUGAUUAAAGAUUCAAAUUAUAUUCAUCAUGGAUUGAAUGAGAAAUAUAUUGGUGAUGUGUUGAUUAUUUAUAGAAGGGCUUUAGCAACUUCGUUUUAUCCAAUUUUUGUUCUAACGUUUAUUGCAUUGGUUGUGAUGGUUUUCUUCCAAAGAAGUGUUAGAAGGUUAUUAAAUUGA